AUGGCGACCAGGAGAUCAUCGGCAAAGAGACAGCGAACUGAUGAAGGCGACGACAAGAAAGAAAAAUUACCCUAUUUCCCUUCUGCCGCCGAUUUCCUCCGCAACGAGUCCGGAUAUGAAUAUUUGACGUAUGCAGACCUAGCCCCAGAUCUUAAGACCUCCUACGUGGGAGUGUUUCCAGAACCCCCUUCCGCGCCACGGCCUCCGAAACAGACAUGGCCCCAACUGCCUCCCAAUAAGCCGGUCACAGACCCUAACGACUUACCUUUAGAUAAAGGCUGGUCUAUCCUCGAGAAGGAUAUUGAUAAUAAUGAUAUUGAUGCUCAAAUAUCAAGGUGCAAAGAAAGAAUUAAAGAAAACUAUAUGCCUCAAUUAUUUGAGAUCCGACUAAAAGGACUACAAGAGACUCAGAAACAACGAGAGGCAAUGGCAACGAGGAACGGCUUCAAGGGCGGCGACUGGAGUAUUCUUCAACGUGUGAACGAACUGAGAAAGAUAGAAGAAGAACUCGAAAAAGAAGAUAAACACGAUCAGCUUCAGAAUGUACAAGUUCUGCUUCAGGCAUAUCGGGGAGGAGCUCUGCAGUGGCAUCCCGGCUUGGUCACCUACUGGCAUAAAGGAACUCAACUUUGUAACCCACGUCCAUUCUAUUGGAAAGAAUUCGAGGUGCUCAAUGCCCACUGUGGUGGACCGGGGCCUGCGCCCUUAUUGGCUUCUAUGACCUUAGACGCCCGGCACGCCAAUAUGCUCAGAACUUAUGAUGUGGCAGUAAGAAUACCACGCACGAAUUUCUAUGCCGAGUUUGAAUUUGUGUACGAUACCGGGGCAUCUAACGCGAUAAUGUAUCAAGCUGAUAUAGACAUGCUCGAGCGAGCUUCCGGCACGACUGCUGCAUGUAUGGGGUUGCAGAAUUGCUCGGGUGUGGGGGGAGCAGUCACACGUGGCAUUCCGAAUGUUGAGCUCGAAUUCACGCUUCUCAACUCUAGCAAGCAGCGAAUGACAAAAUGGCAGAAAGUGAAGGUUGCCGUCUUACCAGGCUACUAUACCUGGGACAAUGAACGGUUGGACGGGCCGUGGCUCAGCUUCCUCUUAUACAUGGCAACGGCUCCUCGACACCGUGAUCUGCUAUACGUUGCUACUACUAAAAGUGACCUUAUGCAAAAGUUGCCUGCUCAAGCUUCACUGAACCCGGUGGUCCAACCGCCGUAUGCAGUUGUGCCGCAAGCCAAUCCCCAACGACCCUUGGGACCACCGCCUAGGGGUUCUGGGGGCGCAGUUCCAUUACCAGCGGUGGAGACAAAUAUGCCACCACCGGUCCAGGGCGUCCAGUGA